CGCUAACUUUCGACUCGCGCUUCUAGUCAAAGAUGCAUGGAUCAAAGUCAAGUGGGCUGUAUGCAAAAAGGAUGACGUGGAAAAUUUUAGAGCCGAAAUUAGAGGACACACGAGUAGUAUCACGAUUCUGCUAUUAACUUUACAUAUGCGAGUAACUACAGCGGGAAAGUGCGAACAAAAGUCAUCCCAAAAAAGCCUCGCCACUAUGAUACAAGGUUUCUCCGGCCAGGCGAUAAGUGCGUUGAGUGCGAUCACCAGCCAAAUUGCUCAGAGCGUACAGCAGGGCAAAGCGCUGCUUGAAUCGAGCGCGCAAGUCAUUCAUACGAAUCUUCGCAUCUUUCAGAUUGUGCACAAUAUCCAUCUGUUCAUCCUCCAACUACCUGGUCAGAUACAACGCCAGCAGCCAGUAUACUUUACCGAUCCAUAUAACAAAGAAAGUCCGUUUCAUUUGGAAUUCGUACGGUCGCCGGAGGCCUUGCUGGCUAUACUCAAGAUCAACCUUAAAGAAUCUGGUUGUGGUCCAGCAAUGAUCGACCGCGGAGAGUUUGCGAUUGAGGAGUUGGGAACGCGACGCAAAGUCGAUCUCGCAGCGCCAUGGGAUAUUUGCUUCUUUCCGGGGCAGAAAGUUGCGAUGAGCAUGGUUUUCAAAGAGCCACUAAAAGAUGCUAAGUCAUCGUGUCCGAGCUGUGGUACAAUCCAGCAAGAGGCAGCGGAACAGGAAAUCACAUGUAUUGUAUGUGGUUCAAUAUUCCGUCGUAUCGAGGAAAUGUUCGAGAUUGUAUCAGAAAUGAGUGAAAGUGAUCCCAAAGACAAGUCCAAAGUUCAAGUGCGUGGGCCAGCACGACCUCCAAAAAACAAGGCACGAGAAGAGGAUUCCAUGUCAAUUAAUAUGCGAAAGUUCCGCCGAAUACAACUGAUCAACCAGAUAUUUUAUUCGAAGCCACUCAAAUGUUCUCUCAUCGAUUGUGAAGAAGCCUUCGACGAUCAAGAAGGUCUCCAGGAUCACAAAUUGCACGCUCACAAGAACAUUUUCGAUCAAUCUUCCUCGCUCGAUGAUCAGGGAAGUACACCGCCUAGAAGGUGCCACAGCUGCAAUCGAACCGACACCCGAAAAUGGAGGCGUGGUCCUGAUGGAGAGGGAACAUUAUGUAACACAUGUGGCUUGCACUACCUGGAGCUGACGCGUAAGCUAGGUGGCACGCCAACAGUCAUCAAUUCCUCAGAUCGACGGCCAAACUCACCCAUCCAAGGACCAACUACAGAAACCGACAGUGAAUUCACUGCAGAGUCCGAAUCCGAAGGUAAAUCGAUAACAGGAUCGGAUGUUGAUUUAUACGAACCAUCCAAGCACGAUGAUAUUGAGAUACUUGAGUACUCCUCGGAGGAAGAGCGCGAGCGCAUAGGUGGCGAGACAGCCGUGACCUCAAACCUUCGACUAAAAUCAAUUGAAGAAGCAUCCGGCUUAACUACCCGUGUGACUCCCACCACGGAUGUUUCUACACUCGAGAAAUUCAGCGCGUUGAGUAUUCUCGAAGACUCUUCGGAUGAAGAAGAACAAGCGCGCAUCGCUCACAUGAGGAAGCGCACACCCGAAAUCUUCAAGACCCUAGUCGAAACGAACAAGAGCCUAUACGGCACGUACAAGAGCCUAUUCGGAACGAACAAACGCCUAGCCGGAAUGAACAAGCGCGAUCUCAAUCAGUCCAUCGAAAGCGAUUCGAGCUACUCUGAUAAUGACCCUUUGGACGAUAUUGACCCUACAGCUCGUCGCCUUCGCCGUAGGGUACGAGGGCCUGGUGACCAUCGCGCUUCAAUGGUGUUUGAAGAUAGAGGCCUUGCGAACUUCAACAAGGUCACUUAG